UCCUCUGGAUAUUUAGGGAGCGACUUCUCCCCCAUCUUCCUCCUUCAUUCCCAUCGAUCCCGAUCGAGCUCGGCGUUCUAUGCCCUGCUGUUCCCUUGCUCCAGAUCCGUUCUCCAUGGCCAAAGUUCUCUUCUAGCUCGGACUCCCGCGGUGCUUGUUCCUCGGUUGAAGCUCCCGUCGGUGUUCUCUCUUUCUUUCGAGGGCUUCUCGAUCGUAGGCUCCAACUUUCGCAGGAAUCUCCCUUCCUUCCCUUCUUUUCUGUUGCUGAUCGGGUUGGUGCCUCAUGGAGUUCUGGUGCAGUAGACGGUCUGGUUCUUGAUUUGUCUCCUGUUUGUUUCUUUUCUUCCCCCUCGCCCCUCUCAAAGAGUUCAAAGGGGAAAGGAAGUGAUUAGCUGUUUCUUGAGGUCUAUGUUGUUUGUAAGCGACUCUUGGUGAGUUGGAGGUAGGGAGUCAUCCAAGUUGUUGUCUCAAAGAAAAGGAGAGUAACCAGAGAAGGGAGAAAAGGGGUGGAGGAAAUUUCCUGGAGGGACUUCUGCAGCACUUGAUCUCGAUGGACAUGAAGGACAAGCUCGUUCCGUCUGUCAAUGGCAUCUGUAUGCCAAACAAGCGAAAUAAGCGGCUAUAUGUUCACAUUAGACCAUCCAUUGAUCAAGCUCAGUUGAAGGAGUUUGCUUCAUCAACAAAGGAGCUGCCUAUUAGGGUGAGGAAACCUUACACGAUAACAAAGCAGAGAGAAAGGUGGACAGAAGAAGAGCAUGAAAAGUUUCUGGAAGCUAUAAAACUCCAUGGCCGUGUUUGGCAUCGAAUACAAGAACAUAUUGGUACCAAAUCUGCCAUUCAGAUCAGAAGUCAUGCACAGAAGUUUUUCUCAAAGGUUGACCGCAACUGGGGUACAGGAAAUGCGAUUGAGAUUCCUCCUCCUCGACCAAAGCGAAAGCCGUUGCACCCGUAUCCUCGUAAGCUGGAGAAUUUAUGCACAACCAGAGUUCCAGAUACGAAGCGACCGGAACAAUCUUCUUCACCAAUUCCAUCUUUCUCUGAACAAGAGAGUGGAUCACCUGUAUCAGUCUUGUCUGCAGUUGGAUCAGAAACAUCACCAUUGUCAUCUGUGGUUGGAUCAGAUCCAGUAGAAUUGUCACUGAGUGAACCAGAGAAUAGAUGUUGCUCGCCUACCUCAUCUGUGGAAGGAGAGGAAAGAAUUUUGUCCAAAGAUCCAGCAUCUAAUGGUUCAAAUAAACUAGAUAAAUCUCCACUGGAGUUAUAUUUGGGUUCGCAAGAUCAGAUCCAUCCUAAAGAAUGUUCACCGGUGGAACCACAACUGACUAGUCUGAAACUCUUUGGAAGAACAGUCUUGGUAGCCAAUUCUCAGAAAACAUGCUCUUCUGAUGAUGGAAAUUCUCAGAAAACAUGCUCUUCUGAUGAUGGAAAUGCCACACGAUGUUUCAUGUCGUUGCCAAGUGCUGAUGUUGGCUCUCAUGAAGAGAAAAUUGACACAGAUAUGCAGAAUCAAGCUCCAGGAUUGGGACAAUUUCUGCCACAUGAAUAUACAAGUGGGAAAACAGGCAGAAUUCCGUGCGAUGUUGCUGCACUGUCUAUGUACUACUUUUUGGCCCCAGAUGGCGUUCAAAAGAACUCAGCUGAUGAAAUGGUUGCUCCAAUGCCUUUCUGGCCGACAUUCUAUGGAAGUCUACCUAUCUCAUUCACCAACCAACUGAACACGAGGUUGAAACAGGAUCUGCCUCAAACCAGUACUGAAGCCCCUUCUCAAACAAUUGCCAUGGAAGAAGGUUCCUCGGUUGGUUCCAAUUCACCUUCUGCUUGGAAUGAGAGCAUAAUGGAUGACGGUAACCACACUGCAGUAGGCUCUGAAGGUUCAGCAUUUCCAAAGGAGCCCAUGCGUGCCUUCAAGCUAAGGCCGAGCGAGAACUCAGCUUUCAUUAGCGUCAAAGCAAGCAAGAUCAAGUCCACGAGGGGUUUUGUGCCCUAUGAAAGAUGUAAAAUUGGAAAAUAAGCACAGGAUUACUCCGAGAUGAACAAUGGAGACAGUUGAGCUAUGAAUGUGCUUGUAGAGACCUUUAACCUUGUAUGCUUCUCGUGCAGUCUGCACAGAUGUUUGUACAUCACGUGAAUUGUAUCUCAUAUAUACUCUCACAGAUAGGCUGACAGAUGCUGUAAGAUACAAUCUCAGCUUCCUUUUUGUAUCUAAUAUCAGGUAAUUUCUGUUGGAAACUUUAUCCUGUAAUUUUUAUCAUUUCUUUCAUAGGCUGUCAUUCUUGUGCAGACAUCCCUUCUGUUACCUGUUGGAUUUUUGUGGCUUGCAAAUUCAUCAACUCUUUAUCCUGUGUUUUGUCAAGUCAGACUGAGAUCCACUAGUAAGAAUCUGUUGAAUAAGCAUACAUGCAGUCAGUGUGAGACAGUUGUUCUCACUCUUCAUCAUCUGCUGGAACAAAUAAGCUUGUUGUUCACAUUUUUCCUGAGUCCAUGAUCCAUGUAAAGAAUAGGAAAUCAUUUGUCUCAAUUCUAAGCUUACCACACAUUACCACCAUCUCAUUUGCAGCCAGCCACAGGUGUUGAAGAAGGAACUCAAAAGAACUAGUGCACACUUAUAUGUUUAUCAACACAAAGCAGUAUUUAAGAAUUGUGAAUUCUGCCAUAAUCACAAUUUUUGAACCAAAACCUGAACUUGUCACCUCUAACAGCAGCAACAUCGUUCUUUUUUUUUACAUUUGUACAGUGCUGAUGGUUCAAUUGACUACUCAAAAGAGAAUACAUGACAUAUGUCAUUGAAAUUUUGCUAGUUCUUAUACCACAGUUAGUAUGCUCAGUACUAUCAGUCAGUACAACUGUACCCAUCAAUAUGAUUGUUGUCAGUCCCCAAAUCAUGUCGCAUUGGGCCUGACAGAUGAUGUUAUGACAAGGAGACAUGGAGAAAGGAGUCAGGAUUCUACAGGCUAUUAUCCAUCCAACA